GCGGCGGAAGCGGCGAGGGCGGCGGGCGUCCGGCUCUGAGGUGGUGGAGGCGGCGGCUCCGGACUAGACUGGUCUGUGAGCGAGCGAGGGUCGGGCGCCGGGUGGAGCGCCGAUCCCCUGGCUCGACCAUCCGCCCGCCGCCCGGACGCCUGGGCUGCGGAGUUUGUGUCCCGGCUCGGACCCCGGCGCCCAGCCCGGAGCCGUAACCUUGAGGAGGCGGCGGCGGCGGGGCUGGGCCGGGCCGGGCCGGGGGGCGGCGGCGCUGGAUCCGCGGCUGCACGAUCGUUGGCGGGAGAUGUCGAACCCCGGGACGCGCAGGAACGGCUCCAGCAUCAAGAUCCGUCUGACAGUAUUAUGUGCCAAGAAUCUUGCAAAGAAAGACUUCUUCAGACUCCCCGACCCAUUUGCAAAGAUUGUAGUGGACGGAUCUGGGCAGUGCCACUCGACGGACACUGUGAAAAACACACUGGACCCCAAGUGGAACCAGCACUACGAUCUAUAUGUUGGGAAAACUGAUUCUAUAACCAUCAGCGUGUGGAACCACAAGAAAAUUCACAAGAAGCAGGGAGCUGGCUUCCUGGGCUGUGUGCGGCUGCUGUCCAAUGCCAUCAGCAGAUUAAAAGAUACUGGAUACCAGCGUUUGGAUCUAUGCAAACUAAAUCCCUCAGAUACUGAUGCAGUUCGUGGCCAAAUAGUGGUCAGUUUACAGACGCGAGACAGAAUAGGCACUGGAGGGUCUGUGGUAGACUGCAGAGGACUGUUAGAGAAUGAAGGCACCGUGUAUGAAGACUCGGGGCCUGGGAGGCCACUCAGCUGCUUCAUGGAGGAACCAGCCCCAUACACAGAUAGCACCGGUGCUGCUGCUGGCGGAGGGAACUGCAGGUUUGGGGAAUCCCCAAGUCAAGAUCAAAGACUUCAGGCACAGCGACUUCGAAAUCCUGAGGUCCGAGGGUCACUCCAGACGCCUCAGAACCGACCUCAUGGCCACCAGUCACCAGAACUGCCCGAAGGCUAUGAACAAAGAACAACAGUGCAGGGGCAAGUUUACUUUUUGCACACACAGACUGGAGUUAGCACGUGGCAUGACCCCAGGAUACCAAGUCCCUUGGGGACCAUUCCUGGGGGAGAUGAAGCUUUUCUAUAUGAAUUCCUUCUGCAAGGCCAUACAUCUGAGCCCAGAGACCUUAACAGUGUGAACUGUGAUGAACUUGGACCAUUGCCACCAGGUUGGGAAGUCAGAAGUACAGUUUCUGGGAGAAUAUAUUUUGUAGAUCAUAAUAACCGAACAACCCAGUUUACAGACCCAAGGUUACACCACAUCAUGAAUCACCAGUGCCAACUAAAGGAGCCCAGCCAGCCGCUGCCAUUGCCCAGUGAGGGCUCGGUGGAAGAUGAGGAGCUUCCCGCCCAGAGAUAUGAAAGAGAUUUAGUCCAGAAACUGAAGGUCCUCAGACACGAACUUUCACUUCAGCAACCCCAGGCCGGUCAUUGCCGCAUCGAAGUAUCCAGAGAAGAAAUAUUUGAGGAGUCUUAUCGCCAGAUAAUGAAGAUGCGACCAAAAGACUUGAAAAAACGACUAAUGGUGAAAUUCCGUGGGGAAGAAGGUUUGGAUUAUGGUGGAGUGGCAAGGGAGUGGCUUUAUUUAUUGUGCCAUGAAAUGUUGAACCCCUAUUAUGGACUCUUUCAAUAUUCUACAGACAAUAUUUACAUGUUACAAAUCAACCCAGAUUCUUCAAUCAACCCUGACCAUUUGUCUUAUUUCCAUUUUGUGGGUCGGAUCAUGGGUCUGGCCGUGUUUCAUGGACACUACAUAAACGGGGGUUUCACAGUUCCCUUCUACAAGCAGCUACUGGGAAAACCCAUCCAGCUCUCUGAUUUGGAAUCGGUGGACCCAGAACUACAUAAGAGCUUAGUGUGGAUUCUAGAGAACGAUAUUACCCCUGUGCUGGACCACACCUUCUGUGUGGAGCACAACGCUUUCGGGAGGAUCCUGCAGCAUGAGCUGAAGCCCAACGGCAGAAAUGUACCUGUCACGGAGGAGAACAAGAAAGAAUAUGUCCGGUUAUAUGUAAAUUGGAGAUUUAUGAGAGGAAUUGAAGCCCAAUUCUUAGCUCUUCAGAAAGGGUUUAAUGAGCUCAUUCCUCAACACUUAUUGAAGCCUUUUGACCAGAAGGAACUCGAGCUGAUCGUAGGCGGCCUGGAUAAGAUAGACCUGAACGACUGGAAGGCCAAUACCCGGCUGAAGCACUGCGCGGCCGACAGCAACGUCGUCCGGUGGUUUUGGCAGGCGGUGGAGACCUUCGACGAGGAGAGGAGGGCCAGGCUCCUGCAGUUCGUGACGGGAUCCACCCGAGUCCCACUCCAAGGCUUCAAGGCCCUGCAAGGUUCUACAGGCGCGGCAGGGCCCCGGCUGUUCACCAUUCACCUGAUCGACGCCAACACAGACAACCUGCCAAAGGCCCACACCUGCUUUAACAGGAUUGACAUUCCACCUUAUGAGUCUUAUGAGAAGCUCUACGAGAAGCUGCUCACAGCAGUGGAAGAGACCUGUGGGUUUGCUGUGGAGUGAAGAGCAACCAAAGGCAACAGAUUCUAGCUCACAACCGCCAGACCAAAAGCAUAUCGCUUUCUGCGCGCCUCCUGCGAAGCGGGCUGAGGCACUGGAAUUCUCGAUAACCUGAGGGAAAGGGUUGUCUCCCCUCCUUUUCGUUGGGGGACCGAGGGGGGCGGGGGGACUUUGGUUGGUGGCUCCCACCCAUAUUUUCCUCCUUUAUGACAGUACUCCCACCCCCUUCCAUCACCCACCCAAUAAAACACAGCCAGGUUUAGAUUUGGCUUCGGUCACACAGGAUAUUCUACGGUUGUAACAUGGUGACAGGCUCACAGCCCUGUGGUCCUUAUAGGAGUAUCGACCUGCAGUUAUGGAACCAAGCUUGGCUUACUGAGGGUUUGUACCUGGUAGCUAUACUAGCUUUUCUGCCUCAAAACAGUCAAAUUCCAAAUUUCACAUCCUAGCAGCCUGCUCUGGGUAGCAGAUUAAUUUCUACCUGAAAAGUAACUGUAUAAUAUAUGCUUGUUGGAAUUCUGCCACAGGAGGAAGCUUGAGUCCAAAAUGUGCUUCCCUUUUUGAAAGUUAAGGGCAUUGGGGGCAGCGUUAACUGGAGGCCCAGGGUAGGUCUUUUCAGGGUAUCCUGGUUGAAAACUUUGUUUUGCGUAGAGAAAAAUGAUCUUUCCUUUAAAGAGUCCCUUUUGCCGCAUUAUCUAUCCAGUUCGAAAUAUUUUUCCAGUGAAAACACCACAUACGAAGCUUAUGAAAGAACAGACCAAAACCAGCCUUGUCUCCCAAGCUGUGGCUCCUGCCACCACCUGUACGCAGAUGCGUGGAAACGGGGCCAUCUGAAUACUAACAAUCUAUUGUGCAGAAAUGGCUAAGAGCUAAACUAACUUAACAAAAUUCUGCUACUCUAGUUGCUGGAGUGGUGCAAACUAGCUUAAAAGGGAGAAGGGAUGCAUAACCCCAAUGACCGGAAUCCGCGCCAUGUUACUUUUACAUAAAGGAGGACGUGGAUGUAAAUCUGACAGCAGAGGGGGACGCGUCCACUCUGACUCAUUUAGCCCAUUUCCCCAGUGUCAGAUGGUGACAGGGACAAUUGCCACUCGAUUUACCUGCCCAGAUGUCUUCGUAUGAUGAGUAAGGCCAAAGCAAGCCUCGACCCUAAGUUUCUAACACCAUUUUCCGAUUUGCACAGAAGUUCACAGUGUUUUAACUAAGCCGCUUGAUUUCGGAUAGCUCAACUUCAGUGGACAAUGGCAGCAGCAGCAAGUUCUCCUGUCUGGUUUUUUGUUGUUUUAGUUUUGGGGGCAAGUGCAGGGUAAUUCCUUAGCAAGACAUCUCACUGUUGAAAUUUCACGGUUGAAGCUUCUGAGUUAAGCAUUGGGAUCCAGCUGUGGGUCUGAGAUGGGUUUGGAAGGAGCUUUGGACUACGAUUCGCUGUUUUUCCGUUACUAACACCGGUAGACUGGCGGUAGGGCGCGCACUCCCCCUUUGGCGCUUGCUGUUGUUCCUUGGCUUCCCAGGAGCAGUCUGGAGUUUGACGAGGGCAGCACUGGGCCCUCUUAGAAGAUAGACCCACCCCUGCGCUGAGGUUUGCCCAGUGUGGGGGCCACGGGUCGCCAGCGGUGAGAGAGCUGAGCUUCUGUACUGACUGGGGUUCUAGACAGAAGGGGUGUCAAGUGUGAUCUGCUGCAGAAGGAAAACAGUCCAUUCAUUAAGUCCGGGUGAAACGGUGGGCUGGCUCUUUUCUGAGCUCUGCUUUGCCCCAGUUGGGCUUCUCCUAUGUCUCAUCUGCCAUACUUAUCGAGGGCAUUCUAGAAGCUGGCUCCCGGGUGAUUCCAUCCAGUCCUCCCUCGUGAUCUUUCUCUGGAAGUGAGAAAAUGAAAAUACCGAGCUCCUACUGGACAGGUCUUAUCUCUCACAUGAACCUAAUCCAUGGGAGGAGGAGACAUCCAUCCAUCCGAGAUCUGAAAGGAGGAAGACCCACCCUAUCUUUCUGGGGUGGUGGCCAAACCCUGUAGUAACGAGGAAGGAAACGAGGGUCGAGUGGCUGGAAAGACUUGGAAGCAGGAACUUCGCAUUUGACUCUUUCCUGCUGUUAAGAGCGGGGACGAGCCUCAGAACACGCAGCCCAUGCUGCUCUCACGUCACGUGUCACCUCAGAGAGAUCCAGAGGGUCGUGUCCUGACUCCUCCAGCAGCUGCUCAGGACACAUGGGUUACCCCGUCGCAUGUCCUGGGUCUCCGCAUGGGGCACGCCUAUCAGCUGUGCGUGUCACCAAGGCACCUGAAAGAGCAGAGCUUUCCAGAGCUUUGGUUUACUCUUGCCAAGCAGGCCUGCGCGUCAGCGGCACUGCACUUCUAGAAGCUUAAACAUCGACAGUGAUUUGGGCCUUUGAUCCACCACAGAGAACAGUGUAGCUCCCGAUCUGCAGGAACCCCGUCCACACGUGCACUCCCACUGGUCACCCCCUCGGUAAUCCCAGACACCCACCCCGUCCGUCCCCUCGCCUCUCUGCCCAGAUGCCUCAGGGGCACGGCUUCCAGGCUUGCCCUCGCCAGCGGUCAGCAGCCGACCCUCAGGGAUGUAGCGAACCACCGCUCUGCCAGCGCUUUGGGGAGGAAACGUGCAGGGGCGGCAUGGGGGAGAGUGACUUGCUCGUGACCCGCCCGCGGGCUGGAACUGGGGCCCCUGAACCUGCUGGGCCUAACGCUCCAUGUGCAGGUCAGGCGGUCCGCACAUCAGCUGUCAGGAUGGGCCUCUGCAGCCGGGGUGUGCCACAUGCGCGGCAGCCUUCCCGAAACAUAGUAUGAAUUUUUAAAAUUUGUUUAUUUUUGUUUCUCAACCACUUUAUAAUGUAUUUUUUAAUUUAUUUUGUAAUGUCUUGUUUUUAAGUAUUGCUGCUAUCCUUGUUAUUCUUCCCACUGUUUUUAUUGCUGAUUUAUUUUGUGAAAGUUGUACACUAAUGUUCUGUUUUAUGUCAAAAUCAAAAGUAUUUAAAGAAAUACUAGUUCUAUUUAAUGUGGUUAUGGAACCAGCUGGAAACACAAAACAAACAGUGAUUGUACAGCAGGCUGGACCCGGGAGGUCAGGUUCAUUUUGUUACAUAUGCAAUAAACUCACAACUUUACAUGU